AAUGAAUAUUAGUGAAGAGAAUGAGUGGAUUAUGGAUUAAUGGAUUUGGGAUUAGAAUAGAAAUGAAAUGGAUUUGGUUUGAAGAAGUUUUGUUGAACCAAAAAGACGCCAUUUUUGACAUCUUACCAAACGCCCCACUCUGUAAUUGUACCUUUUAUGAGUUAAACACCUCAGCACACACAGUCGGAGUCAAACCUCGUGCGCUUUCUCUUCAACAACAAGUCCCAAAUCCUGACUGUUACGAACAACUUUGACCCGCCUCUCCAUUCUUCCCUUCCCUUGUCAUAAAUAUACUGAAUCAACCUCUCAUUCGUUCAUUCAUUCCAACAUGCCUUCCUGCCCUCGUUUCCACCUCCCCCAUCACAACAACAUCAACCUCAUUCUCCCCGACGGCCAUGUUCGAAUCUACCACCGCCCCAUCCACGUCUCUGACGUCUUGCUCGAAUUCCCUUUUCAUCUCAUCUGCCGAGCCGACUCCUUCUACAUCGGCCACAAGAUCCCUCCCCUUGCCCCCCACCACCACCUCCAGCUCGGCCAUAACUACUUCCUCCUCCCCAACCAUUUUUUCCACUCCGUUCUCUCCUUCCUCACCGUUGCUUCCUUUUUCUCCUCUUCCACCAACAACAGAAUCCACACCCCCUUCGAGAUCCAACGGACCCCCUCCGGCUGCCUUCGAAUCCACCUCUCCGACGACUUCAUUUCCGGAUUGCUCCAACAGGGCAACCCCAAACUCCAGGAGCCACUCGGCAGAAUCUGCACCACGCCCCAAUUGGCUAAGGACUACACCCGCCUCGUAUACAGGCGCCAAUGGAAGCCAAAGCUGGAGACCAUUCGGGAGGGUGAAAAGAAAGGGGGUUCGCCGUUUCGCUUCAACAAGGGCAACCCAUUUCCGUCUCUUUUAAAGCCGCCGCGGAACCCUUCCGCGGCAUUGGCGUGGACCAUAUCGGCCAACCCCUUCCAGCUUGCUUAUAAGACUAAGAUUCGCAUCAAAUCGAGGGCUUAAUUCCUUGCAUUGGAAAUCAGUUUUUGGUAGAUUAGACAUACCC